AUGAUGGUUGCUGAUGAAAUGGUCCUCGUGUGGGUGUCCUCCGUUCCUGUGGCCACGCUGGGCCUUUUGCUCGGCAGAGAUUUCCUCGACGCGGUUGCCGGCGUCCUUGACUUUGCUGAACGGACUCUUCUCUGCCGUGCCUUUAAUUCAAAGAGGGCUGCCUUGAAGCAGUUGUCGGCUGGACAUUUGGCUUUGCCUUUGAUCCCGGAGGUCUGGCCUGACCUUUGCAGCCCGCGCUGGCGAAAACUCGGGCCGGACAAUGUGAUAGAGACACGUUUGGAUUGCAAGGCCUGGGCCCGGCAGUUGAUGAAGACCCCUUCCCGAGCAGCUGCGUCGAGUGUUUCAGGAGGUGAUUCGCACAGCCACAACAUGACUGAAGCCAGCCUUGCCUUGGGCCGUCGCGUGUUUGAGUACAACUCGGUGCUUCUGACCUUGGCCCAAAAGAUGUGUGUGGAAACGCCGGUUGUGAAAGCCCCUGCUGCCUCCUCUGUGACGGUUCGUUCCAAGGAUGGCGGCGGCCGGCGCGGCACUUCGACCCUCUUCCGCUCCUGGUUUGGGAGCCCUCGGCGGCUUCGGCGACGACACGGUGCUCGGGCGCUCCUUUCCCAGAUGGCGCAGGAUGGUGAUCCGAAGCUUGGCCCGGUGGACAUGGGCAAAAGAAGGCCUUCGUCUUGCCUUGGUCAAGCGGCCCGACUUGCGCUUCUUGCCGUUUCCGUGGCCCUCGGUUACUUCGGUGGCUUUGUGGAAAGCGCAGGCGUGUGGACGGCCUCGGCGCUGAGCUCUAUGACUUGGUUUCGAAACCGCUUCGGCCUUCGCUUCUCCUUCCUCGAGGACCCCUUCCUGCAGGGCAUGUUGGCCGUGACCUCGACCAAGGGUCACUCUGCGCGAGUUCGGGCAGCCAUGGUGAAAGAAGCUCAGCAGGAGGCGGCCAAGGAAGCGGAUCGGAUGCAGGUGGCCCGCUCCUUGAUUGGGCCGCGAGGUGGCCUCCCGACAUUGAAGGCCGACCUCCUUCGCUUGGCUGCCCUGUUGGAGGUGAAGGUCUCGGAGCGAGACAAAGUGGACGACUUGAAGGCCAAACUUCGCCCCAUGGUCGCCCUCCUCAAGAACGAGACCUCCUCUUCAAAGCCGGCUCCCCUGAGCUCCAGCGGUUCUAUGCCCUCCUCCUCGACCCCUUUGCCAAGGUCUACGCCAGCUUUGCCGACGAGCUCGCCUAUGCCCUCGCCCCCACCGAUGUCGAGGCUGCAGGCACAUGGAUCGGAAGCCGAGGUUGUGAGCAUGAGUGUUUUCACGUCAUACAUGGAGCAGAUGGACCACAAGUACCAGGACAUGCUGCAGCAGGCGACUUCGCAACAGCAGGCAAUGCUCAACCAGGUCCUUCACCACAUGAUGCAGAUGCAGGCGGCGCAGACCCAGGACGCCGACACGUUAAUGGAAGGGGACGAGGGCUGGUCAACGGUCACUCAGCCCAACGACGACCCGCCGGUGGACCCGAGACGGGAGCAGCUGGGAUGCCUGGAGAAGCCACUUUGA